UUCUGUUUCAAUUCCAUGAUUUGAUCUCCAAUCUCCAUGAACAGGGGAAUGUUUGUACUUUUGGUCUUUACUUUGUUGGUUCACACAAGUCACUGCAUCUGUAAAACUAAAGUAAACAAGCGUGAAAUGGCUGUGUUAAAUGCCCACAAUCAGUAUAGACGUCUCCACCAGAACACACCAGACCUUUGCUACGGGAUAAGUAGUAAGCUGGUCAAAUAUACAACUCAGCAUUGGAGUGAACAUAUGUUACGUGAAAAUGAGUUGUCCCAUUCAGAGGGCAGCUACGGUGAAAACGUUUGGUGGGGACGAGAUUCAAAAGAUGCCAUUUCCGCAUUCAACUCUUCAAUCUCCAAUUGGUACCAGGAACUAAACAAUUGGAACUUUACCGCAGCAGCUAAAAUAGAUGACACAAAAGAUGCACUACACUUCACACAGGUAGUGUGGGUAUUAACUAGCGAAGUAAACUGUGGUUUUGCAUUUAGCUCUGCACGUGGAGCAUUUGUUACAUGCCAGUAUUAUAAACAAGGAAACUAUGCCACUACGGCCGCUCGACGGAAGAACGUUCAACCAUUAAGAAUGGAUCCUGAACCGACAACUGAGGAUGGGCCGACUGAAGAGCCUGACGACAAUAUCAUCAACGAAGCUUAUAAGGUUGGAUGGGCGUGGUCAACUACACUGCACACCUGUCUGCUGAUCCUGGCAUGGCAGUGA